AUGGAUUUCGAGUUCUCAGUCCCAAAGACCAAAGGGACCAACCAGACUUUCAUUAGCGACAGAAACAAAAGCAAACGUCUGUCAUGCAUGUCGGUGCUAGUCGGGGCUCCUAAAGCGAACACCUCUCAGCCAGGGAUUGUGGAGGGAGGAGCGGUGUACUACUGCCCCUGGCCGGCACCAGACCCAGACUCAUGCCGCCAGAUCCCCUUUGAUAAAGCAAAUAACCGAAUGAUUAAAGUGAACGGGACACGGGAGCCUUUAGAAUUUAAAUCCCAUCAGUGGUUUGGAGCCACAGUCAGGACCCACAAAGGCAAAGUAGUGGCUUGUGCGCCCCUCUAUCACUGGAGGACAGUGAAGGUCAGCAGUGAGAUGGAUCCAGUGGGAACUUGUUAUGUGGCUGUGCAGAACUUCAGUGCCUAUGCUGAGUAUUCUCCCUGUCGAACCAAUAACCCGGACCCCGAGGGCCAGGGCUUCUGCCAGGCGGGCUUCAGCGUUGAUUUUACUAAGGAAGGGACUCUGGUUGUGGGAGGGCCAGGGAGUUUCUACUGGCAAGGUCAAGUGAUCACUGCAGGUGUCGCCGAAAUAUUGAACGGCUAUUCCCUGAAAACUAUUCUGCGCAAAGUUCAGGGAGAGAAGCAGACUGUGGCUGCAUCAGACACAUAUGAUGACAGUUACCUAGGUUACUCUGUAGCGGUCGGAGAGUUCACAGGUGAUUCGGAACAAGAACUGGUAGCAGGGGUACCUCGAGGGGCUCACAACUUUGGUUAUGUGGCUGUGAUCAAUGCAACAAACCUGACUUUUAUCCAGAAUUUUACUGGGGAGCAGAUGGCCUCUUAUUUUGGAUACACCAUUGCAGUGACUGAUCUAAAUGGAGAUGGGCUAGAUGACGUGCUAGUUGGAGCUCCACUCUACAUGGACCGUGAGUUUGAGAGUAAACCUCGUGAGGUGGGCCGUGUGUACUUGUAUUUGCAAGAGGACGUGCUUCUCUUCUCCCCUCCAAUCACACUCACUGGAACACACCUGUUCAGCCGGUAUGGAAGUGCCAUCGCCCCUCUCGGAGAUAUCAACCAGGAUGGCUACCUUGACGUGGCAAUAGGAGCUCCGUUCGCAGGAGAGGAUCGUGGUGGCAGGGUCUUCAUCUAUAACGGGCAAAAAUCUGGGCUGAUGUUACAGGCAUCUCAAGUGUUGAAAGGCGACUGGGCCUCACCCGCCGUCCCAGCAGGCUUUGGGUUCACCCUGCGUGGAGAUUCUGACCUCGAUAACAACCAGUACCCUGAUUUGCUGGUCGGUGCAUUUGGAGUGAGUAAAGUUGUGGCCUACAGGGCAAGGCCAGUGGUCACGGUGGACACUCAGCUGAUUUUGACACCCAGAAUUCUCAACCCUGAGGACAAGUCCUGCCGCAUGCCCAAUUCUGAUGAUAUGGUAACCUGUCUGUCAGUAAAUGUGUGCGCAAAGAUCGCUGGGAUUGGUAUUCCUGAUUAUGUAGCUCUGAGAAUGGACCUGCAGCUGGAUUGGCUGAAGCAGCGUGGAGCAGUUAAGAGGAUCUUGUUCAUAGACUCUCACCAGCACCAGAGAGCCCAGCAGUUGGUUCUGGGUCAAGGGGACCGCCAACAUUGCCACAACUACUCUGUUUACCUGCGGGAUGAGGGAGAGUUCAGAGAUAAACUGAGUCCUAUCAGCGUGACACUGAACUACAGUCUGGACCAGAACUCUCCUCCACCUGGCCUACAGCUUCGGCCCAUUUUGGACCACUACAGCAAGACCUUCCACCAUGAGCAGGCAAACAUCCUGUUGGACUGUGGAGAAGACAACAUGUGCAUCCCAGAUCUCAAACUGUCUGCUAAACUGGACCGGACUGAACUUUUAAUCGGGGAUGACAACUUGCUUAUGUUGACCAUUAAUGCAGCCAAUGAGGGCGAGGGAGCGUACGAGGCAGAGCUUCAUGUGACCCUCCCACCAGAGGCGGACUAUAUUGGUGUGGAGCGCAGACGUGAGGAUCUUCAGCGGCUGAACUGUGAGCACAGGACAGAGAAUGAUACCAGAGUUGUGGUUUGUGACCUGGGAAACCCAAUGGUGGCUGACACAAACUUGUCGGUUGGUUUACGGUUUUCUGUACAGCGGCUGGAAGAUGCCCCUCCUACCAUUGGCUUUGAGCUUCAGAUACACAGCUCUAAUAAGGACAACUCAAGAAGCGUUCCAGUGAAUUUGACUCUGAGCAUUGCAGCGAGAGCACAGGUGGAGAUCAGAGGUGUGUCUCACCCAGCUCAGGUUGUUUUACCUUUCCCUCGAUGGGAACCCAAAGAGAAACCUGUAAGAGAGGAUGACGUCGGCCCUCAGGUUCAACACAUUUAUGAGUUACAUAAUAAGGGUCCGAGUUCAAUAAGCAGGACUGUGUUGGAGGUGGGCUGGCCCAGUCAGUACCGUGAGGAACACCUCCUUUAUGCCCUCCAGAUCAUCACUGACGGUCCUGUUCACUGCAGUGUCAACGGCUCCCUAAACCCGCUGAAGUUAGAGACCUCCACUCUUCAGGACACUCCAGAAUUACUGGGCUUUCUGAGGAACAGCAGCACUCCGACUCGCCAUAGACGAUCUGUUUCUACAGCCCAGAGUUACAACAGCAAGAAUUGCUCAAAUAUCAACUGCCUGAUGGUGGAGUGUGUUGUGGAUCGCUUGGAUCGAGGGCAAAGCGCAGUGAUCAAGUUCAGAUCUCGACUCUGGGCUCACACCUUCUUACAGAGACGGAAUGACCACUACACGCUAAACUCCACAGUGUCCUUUCAAGUGAUGGCCAUGCCUUAUCGGAUCAAAGCUGAUUCACUCCCACACCAGAGCAAAUCAAUUGGCACAUUUGUGGUGUGGGCCAUUCCUGACGUUUCUUUUGCCAUUCCCCUGUGGGUAAUAAUUCUGGCUAUAAUGCUGGGACUGCUGGUGCUGGCUAUGCUUAGCCUAGCAAUGUGGAAGUGUGGCUUCUUCGACCGAGCGCGGCCACCCAAAGAUGACGACGUGUCGGACCGCAAGCAGCUGACCGCAGAAAAAUCCACAGACGCGUGAGAGCAGAACAGAUGACAAGUAUGAAUACAGAGGUCAUGGGAUGAUGAAUCACCAUGAAGAGAGUGGAGGAGCUGUGGCCGAAGGUUUUCAGUAUCUUUGUAGAAGUCUACAGAUCCAAGCCUGUAAAUAAACUACAGCUCUCACACUGGACUGCGAUCUGUGAGCUGGGCCACAGUACCACUCAAAAACAUUUCUAAAGCUUUAUUUAAAAUGAU